AUGGACAGGGCUGGGGACAAGCUGCUAGUGGAUUUCCUCUCUUUCCUCGCCGAUUACGUCCCCACAUUCCCGGACGAGCUCGUCGAUUACUACGCCGCGGCGGCGGGAUUCCAGUGCUCGGAUGUGGGCGUCAAGAGGCUCCUGUCCGUGGCGGCGCAGAAAUUCGUGGCCGAGAUCGCCAGCGACGCGAUGCAAUACUGCAAGAUGCGGCAGGGCGUGGGGGGAUCGUCGUCGGGGGCCAAGCAGCAGCGCAAGAUGGUGCUCAGCCACGACGAUCUUGUGAGCGCGCUCAAGGAAUACGGUGUGGAGAUGCGGCGUCCGGAAUAUUUCGCGGAUACAUCCAGUGCUGGCGCCGCCGCUGGCGCCGCUGGGAAUCUCGCGCCAUCGGCCGCCGCCGCUGCUCCCCCGGAUCAAUGA